AUGUCCGAGUUUUUCCUGUUGCUCUGACCCUAGAGACGCUGAUUUGAUCUUUCGCCUCACCUGGUGAGGAUAAAAUCACCUGCGUGAAUUUAUGCUUGCUAACUUUUUACGCACAGGCUGACCUCUUGAGGUCAGUCCAAACAGAUCUCUGCUCCUUCUGUCCAAUCGCGCAGCCCCUCCUGCCUCCAGACGUCCGGAUCUCCAACCAAUCACUGCGCAGAGCUCUGAGUCCAAGGGGACAGUGUGCGGGGAUAAAAUCUUUGACUUCCAACCAUCCUCCCAGAGCAUCUUCCUAAUCAUCCCCGGACUUCUGUCACAAACCUGCACAUUUUAACUGUUUUCCAUCCGAGAAGCAUCUCUGGAGAUCACUCAGCUGCUCCACUUAAGCCCGGACACAGUUUUUUUUUCUUCAAGAGACGACCUGUUACGCACAGGGAAGGAGGCUGGAUAGCGAACUGUAGCAGAAGUCGAACAAAACGAAACUGACAAAGGGUUCAUUUUGGACUUGAAAGCAACACCUGGUGGAAGAUUCAUUUUACGUCUUUCCUGACAGAAAGUCAGGAAUCAUGACUGCGCUUGCAGGAGGGUUACCGAGGAUGAUGAGGCCAGCUCCUCACCAGAACUACCCACGAGGAGGAUACUCACUGGAAGUUUCCACACCGUUAGGACAGGGUCGGGUUAACCAACUCGGUGGAGUCUUCAUCAACGGCAGACCUCUCCCCAACCACAUCCGCCAUAAAAUCGUGGAGAUGGCCCAUCACGGCAUCCGGCCGUGCGUUAUCUCUCGUCAGCUGCGAGUGUCCCACGGCUGCGUCUCCAAAAUCCUCUGCAGGUACCAGGAAACAGGCUCCAUCAGGCCCGGAGCCAUCGGAGGCAGCAAGCCCAAGCAAACCGCAUCUCCAGAAGUGGACAAGAGAAUCGAGGAGUACAAGAGGGAAAACCCUGGAAUGUUCAGCUGGGAAAUCAGAGACAAACUCCUGAAAGAUGGGAUCUGCGACAGGAAUAACGUCCCUUCAGUGAGCGCCAUCAGCCGCAUCAUGCGCUCUAAAUUCGGCGGAGUUGGUGAGGAGGAGGAGGAGGAAGAUGAGGUGGUCAGGAGGACGAUUGAGGAGAACGAACCACGGACUAAACACAGCAUCGAUGGCAUCCUGGGAGACAGAUCCAGUCACUCGGAUGAGGGCUCGGACGUGGACUCUGAGCCAGGCCUGCCUUUGAAGAGGAAGCAGCGCCGCAGCCGGACCACCUUCACAGCGGAGCAGCUGGAGGAGCUGGAGAGGGCCUUCGAGCGCACGCACUACCCCGACAUCUACACCCGAGAGGAGCUGGCUCAGAGGGCCAAACUCACAGAGGCUCGCGUCCAGGUGUGGUUCAGCAACAGGAGAGCCCGCUGGAGAAAACAAGCAGGUGCCAAUCAGCUGAUGGCUUUCAACCACCUCAUACCUGGUGGGUUUCCUCCAUCAGCAAUGCCUGGCCUGCAGCCCUAUCAGCUGUCGGACAGCCCCUACCCUCCUACUUCUAUAGCUCAAGCCUCUGAACAGCCUGGUACCGUGCACCGGCCGCAGCCUUUACCCCCGACCUCCGUGCACCAGAGUGGGAUCGGCUCAUCCGCAGCCUCCCAGGAUGGCUCGGCGUACUGCCUUUCUUCUGGAAGACACAACUUCUCAGGAUACUCGGAUAGUUUCGUGGCCCCAACAGGACACAGCAGCGCUGUUAACCCCAGCAUUAGCAACAGCCUCUCACCACAGGUUAUGGGUCUGUUGAACCCAAGCGCAGUCCCACAUCAGUCCCAGAGUGACUUUGCCCUCUCUCCCCUGACUGGAGGCAUUGAACCCAAUGGAGCCAUGGCUGCUAGCUGUCAUGGCUCUCAGCGACUGGAAGCUCUACCAAGCCUGCCCAGCAUGGCUGCCCUACCAAGUUCCCAGUCCUACUGCCCACCAUCCUACACAUCGCCAGCCUACGCGGUUGACCAUCAUCCCACUUACCAGUAUGGACAAUACAGCCAGAGCAAGGUGCCUUUCAUUAUAUGAAGCCCUUGACAUGGCCAGCACAAGAGACUUGGAUGGUCAUUCAUCCCUGGAAAGAACCACCACCACAACCACCCCACUGCCUUUUGCCAACUUCCCCAGCCCUGAGGACUGCAAGACAGGCAUUGGGGGAGGUUAAAGGGUGUAGUGUUUCAUUUCUGAAAAAGAAGAAGAAAAGAGAGGGGGCGAUUUAGAUGAAGGUGUGGUUAUGGCAAUGAUGAACUUUGAGAGGGAUAAUUAAGGACUGUAGGUGCAGCUCUACUUGUGUGUCACGCCCCUCUCACAGGACCAAUCACAGAUCUCCCCCUGUGGUUUAGGAAGAAAAAAAAACCUUUAUAUUUGAUUUUUUUUAAUAAAUGGAACUGAACUGUCUCUUCCAUGGCUUGUUGUGGUCACAGAAAGCUGUUUCAAGAGCGUAUGCACUCAAAAGCGAUGCUUUUCUUAGACUGUCUUCAUCACAACGCCUGAGCAGAGGGAUGGCUGCAUAUGACUUUUAUGAAGAUGGAGACUAAAAUGCAUCUGCAUCAGGAAACCUGGUGAGGAAACACGAACUGAAGCCAAGCAGAAUUGACAAAUUCACUGCAACCCAAAGAAAGUGCAAUACAUUCAUACCUCAUCUGCUGUAAAUGUCCACGGAUCAAACAUCUCAUCAAAUCUCAUCAAUCUUGUUGAUUUUGGGUUGUAUUCAUCGAUCAAUCAGGGGAACUCACUAGUGAACAGUCUUCAAGUUAAGCCAAAUAAAAAAUACAAUAAAACAACGAAGUAAAAAAUUUCAGUACUCUGUUUGACACUUCACUUUUUUUUGCUUCACAUGUUGAUUUAGGUGUUACCAUUAACUUGCAAAUUUUACUUCCCUUUUUUAUUUAUUUAGCUGUCUUUGAUUGUAUUCUUCAUGCAUCACACGUGAGUGCUCACCUGUGCUUAAAUAAGUCUUACACAAUUUUCAUUAUUCCACUUUUUUGUGUUCUUUUCUAUUUACAGUGGUGUGAAAUUAUUUUGUCAUAAGACGUUCUGUGUAAAGAAAAUAGCACUAUUACUAUUUAUAAUAAACAUUUUCAAAAACUGAAUGAA